UCACGGUAGCAGCAGUUGACUCUCGUACUCUGAUGCGUAACGUUCUGUGUCUUGUUCAGACUUUAAUAACGACAAAUACAUAUAAAUAUUCAAGUGACAAUUCAUGUAAUAAUCGUGCAUCAUUUUUUUCGUAAUUUGAAUUUUAUCGUGUGAAUAAAUAUCAGCAUGGUAUAUAUAAUUGUGUUGUCAGUGAUCGUUGGUGCUUUAGGCAUAUAUUAUUAUUUCUUUAAAGAUUUAAACAUUUUCAAGAAACAUGGCAUACCGUAUAAAACGCCUCUUCCCCUAUUUGGAAAUAUGUUAGGAUUGUUUUUACGUCGAGACUCAAUAGUUAAUUUCGUUAACAAUCUUUACAAAUUACAUCCCGAAGCCAAGUAUGUCGGGAUGUUUGAUUUGACAAAUUCAAUUAUAGUGAUUCGCGAUCUCGAACUUAUUAAAUCUAUCGGAUUGAAAAAUUUCGAUUUAUUCCCAGAUCAUAUAAGUUUUAUCGAGGAAGAUCAAGAUCCAUUGUUUGGCAAAAAUUUAUUUGCCCUCAAAGGGGACAGGUGGCGGCAAAUGCGACCUUUACUGAGUCCAGCUUUUACAUCCAGCAAAAUGAAAAGUAUGUUUAUAUUGAUGUCCGAUUGCGCCGUUAAAUUUAGCAAUUAUAUUGCACAAAUGCCAGCAGAGAAAAGAGUAAUGGAAAUAAAAGAGGCAUUUACGAGAUACACAAAUGAUGUGAUAGCUACUUGCGCAUUUGGCAUUAGUGUCGAUUCUAUGAGAAACCCAAACAACGAAUUCUACGUUUACGGCAAGGAGGCGACUAAUUUCGACUCUGUCGCUUUAAUAAAAUUCUACUUAUUUAGAAGCUUGCCUUGGGUGGCAAAAAUUCUUAAAUUAAGACUUAUUCGCCAAAAAAUAGCGGACUUCUUUCAAGAGACCAUAGAGACCACUAUAAAAACCAGAGAUGAGAAGGGUAUCGUUCGUCCAGACAUGCUACAAUUGAUGAUGGAGACUAGAAAUAAGGAAGGCAAAGCAGAACUGUCUAUUGAGGAUAUGAUGUCUCAAGCAUUCAUUUUCUUCUUUGGCGGUUUCGAUAGCACGUCGAACUUAAUGUGUUUUGCUUCUCUCGAACUUGCGGUGCAUCAAGACGUACAAAAAAAACUUCAAGAUGAGAUUGAUCAAGUUUUGGAAGAGUCAAACGGAAAAGCACCAUACGAAAUACUUAAUAACAUGGAAUAUAUGGAUGCCGUGAUUAACGAAGCUCUCAGAAGAUAUCCGAUUAAUGCUCCAGCAUUAGACAGAGUAUGCAUGCAAGAUUUCGAGUUACCGCCGACAUUGCCAGGGAGAAAGCCUUUUACUAUAAAAAAAGGAAAAGCCGUAUGGAUACCGGUUUAUGGACUUCAUCAUGAUCCCCAGUAUUUUGAGGAUCCGGAAAAAUUUAAUCCUGACCGGUUUCUUGGUGAACGAAAAAAGGAGAUUUUCAAUAGCGGAGCAUAUCUUCCGUUUGGGAUGGGUCCCAGAAUGUGCAUAGGUAAUAGAUUCGCUUUAAUGGAAACGAAAGUUUUGCUGUUUCAUCUAUUGGCACGUUGCGAUUUGAAACCUUGCGAAAAAACACGGGUACCAAUCAAGAUUGCUAAGGAUGGCUUCAAUGUAAAACCUGAAGGCGGUUUCUGGUUGAAUGUAUCACCGAGAAAAAAUAUUCAUCAUACUAUUGCUGUCAAUGGGACACAUCAGCUGUGAAAUGAAGAAAACAC